AUGUCCUGCUACGACCUCUGCCCCACCACCGGCGGCAUCGCCUGCCCGCAGCCCGUGGCCAACAGCUGCAACGAGCCCUGUGUCCGGCAGUGUCCGGACUCCACCGCCCUCAUCCAGCCUCCCCCGGUGGUGGUCACCUUCCCCGGGCCCAUCCUCAGCUCCUUCCCGCAGCAGGCCGUGGUGGGAUCCACCGGAGUGCCGGCCUUUGGGGGAUCCCUGGGUUCUGGGAGUCUCUACGGUUCCGGAAUUCUCCCGGGAUACGGAGCUCGCUCUGGAUACGGGGUCUCAGCGCUGGCCGGGGGCUCCUGCUGGCCCUCCGCCUCCCGCCGCUUCAGCCGCCUCCUCCGCGGCUCCUGCGGGCCCUGCUGA